GAGUGAUCAGCUGUUGGAGGUGGUUGGUCUAGAAGGAGCCAUGGAAAUGGGACAGAUUUACACUGGCCUGAAGAGUGCUGGUCGCCGCCUGGCUCAGUGCUCCUCUGUGGUCAUUAGGACAAGCAAAUCCCUGCCGAUGCAGAUUGAUGGGGAGCCAUGGAUGCAGACCCCAUGUACUAUAAAAAUUACCCACAAGAACCAAGCGCCAAUGCUUAUGGGACCCCCGCCAAAAACUGGGUUCUUCUGCUCCAUCGUCCGGAGGACACGGAACCGCAGCAAGGAGUGAGCCCAGCUGCUUGGGUCUUGGCCAUCAAACGGGCAUCCUCCAGCUUGCGAACAUUCACUCUGGAAAGCUUCGAACCGUUUCUGUCGUCUGUAUAAGCCGCCAACUCUUGGAAUUGGUUCUGCAGUGUCUGUGCCUGAGCUAAUGUACAAUUCUGCUAUUAGAACAUUUCUUGUCCCAGUUUUAGAGGCAUUUUGCAUGAAGAAAGCAGAUGUUUCCAUAAAGUGAUACUGCAUAUAUCUGUGGCAUGCAUUCCCAUGGAUUUUAUGUCUCUCUCCAUAUACACCCCCACCCUAACCCUGCCCGGCUUCUGCAGCCCCUGCUUAGUAGCUUGUGGGAGUAGCCUGUUGUGAAACAUGAAAAAGGAACUGCCAGGAGAAAUUGAUACUCUCAGUGUGAUCCCCUUUAUUAUCCAGCCCAGAUGAGUAACACCAAGGUGAGGAUGCUAACCCUGGGCUGGCCAGAGGCUUAAGUGAGAUGAUGGAUGUAAAGCGCCUUGUAGACCUUUAAACACACUCGUUAAAUGUGAGCUAUGAUUAUCAUCAUUAUUAUUCAAAUUAUUGUUGUUGCUGUCUUCUCUUUGGGAACCAAAUAUCAGAUCAAUGGUCUUUGACCUUGACUUCUAAGGGGCCUUUACAACCACAGGUUUCAUUACACAGUUAUCUGUCCUGUCUCAUGGCUUGUCCUGUGCUUCCCCUCUUCUUCCAAGCUUAACUCUGUUGUGUGUAUGAUUGAAAAGGGGGAAUGGAUUGUCUGGUGAAUCUAGCAGAAGGCAUGUACUUCCAGGAAAAUGGAAAGCCAAGUUCUUUCUUCCAGAAAACAUGAACGCAUUUAACUCUGAACUAAAUUUGGUGACUGAGACAAACCCGAAAUCUUCCCCCCUCUGAACCCCUGUGAGAGCACCUCAUAAUGGCUUAUGUAACCAAUAACCAAGUGGACUUUGUAAACCAUGUGCCUAAUCAACUGCAUUUCCCACCAAAGAUUUAGUGAGAGAGGCCUGAGAGAAAUGGGUUAAUGCAUAAUCAAUCAGGCGCUAGGGAGCCAAUCCACUCCAGGAAAUUUACAAUUCUUUGAAUUCCUUUAGAGAUGGCUGAAAUAACACCAGAAGAUGAUAAACUGUCCAUUAAUUAUAAUUAAAAUGCUCACCUUUGAUAAACAGAGCUCCAAAAUACAUAAUCCCAGUUCCAGAAGGGCCUUCUUGGCCUCCUUGUUAUGCAUAAAUGUAUGUCCCAUGUUUCAAUUAAGUGCAUCUGAGAAAGGAAACCAGAGGUGGUCUCAGGCCCUUCUCUUUAAUGUUGGUACCUCCAUUUGUUUCAAAUGUUAAGGUGAGAGGAGUAUGAAUCAUGCAUGUCCUUGGUUCUUGCCUCUGGGAGAUUUCUCAGAACUAUUUACACCUGAUGACAUAGAGCGUUGCAUGGUAUGUCUAACCCCUGUAGUGACCUGAGGCAUGUCCUUGGAUGGUACCCACCCCCAUGUGGCAUUGAACUAAGGACACGAUGCAAAUGCUUCCAUGAACAGCCAAGGUACUGCUUGCUCCUACUGACCCCCAUUUCAUCAUUGAAUGUUUUGUGUCUUCAAACAUG